AUGUACGUGCAUACGAGCCUAGCUCAAAAAAGUCAACACAACUUUAGAGAUGUUCCCUCACCCAGCAUACGACUGGUAAUAUUUUCACAUAAACAUGCCGUACUCUGUGAUUACUACAGCGAAGAGGAAAAAGACAGGACAUCCACAUAUUACAAGAUCAGCCAUCAGGGAAUGGCAAUGGUGGUUAUUAUGGUUCAUCAUGUAACAAUUGUAUUGCGCGACGGUUUCGAACCGCGUCUGAGUUUCAAAGCUUCAUUGAGUUCGUCUUUAUUGAAUGAAAAGAUAACUCCAUGAUGAUGAUGUGGCCCUGGAUGAUGUUGCCGCUUAUGUACGGUGGCUACGGCGGUUAUGGUGGCUACGGCGGCUACGGUGGCUACGGUAACUCUGGUAUAUCUAAUAUUUGGCCUUGGUAUAUGGGCAUGUAUAUGGGUUGCGCCAUGUGUGGAAAUUAAGUCAAAUGUUCCGACGACUCUCUCUGCUGGCAUGCGAUCAUGGCUGUUGUCAUAAUAUUAAUUCAUCGUUGUUUCUGGUU